AAAUGUCUACCGAUAAUAUUAUGAUAAUAAUUUUAUUUAGAUCGCGUUUUUAAAAAUUGUAUGUCGUGACGUGACCGAGUAGCAUCAUAAAAUCUGAUUAUAAGCCUAUGUACAAUAAUAUUAUAUAUUAUCAUCUACACGACUACACCGUAUAAGUACACCGUACGCCACCACAUUCACUGUAUCGACUACGAAUUAUGAACUGUUUCCAUCACUAUGCUGUUGUGGUCUUCGUAAUCGCAUGCAAUGUUGUGCAUGGAAUUCAGAUUAAACAUAAAUAUGACGAGUAUAUAUUAUCGAAUGACGUCAUAUCCGAUGUCAGCGAAUCGUCCAAAAUCGAAUUACUUAAAUUCGACGACUUGUAUAAUAUCUUGAGGAGGAAACGGGGAUUUUUCUCCUCGUUUAAAAUUCCGAUGCCGAACAUGGAGUUCGUUCACGAAGACGAUGAUAAAAACGGUGYCGAGAAUACAACCGUUACCUCGGACGCUGACCUCUCAACCACCGUCAAGCCCGGGAUAACUGCGACUGUCAAUGAGGCCUACAACAGCUUCCUGGAUAUGAUGCAAUCGUCUAAAGAGAUUCAAAUCGUGGCUAUCGGGUCAGAUGUGAAGAAAAGUUUGGUGGAAGCUGCUCCGUACCUGCCACUGGUGAACAAGUUGACCAAGUACAUCAUKCCCGACUUGUCGAUGCGUGACGUGGUAACGUUGUCCUUGAACGUGGCGCUACUCACCACGCUAGGGGCCUCGGACAACGCCAAUGCCCAAGUCAACGGAGAUCAGUCCCAAYCCGAYAUUCGUAAUAUGGUUGGUCAAUAUGCAACUGACAUUUAUGGAAAGUUGAAAGAUGCUUUUAAAUCACAUAUUGGACAAAUUACAAAUUAUUUCUCGAACGAAGAAAAAACCGAUUCAUUGGCAGAAACGCAUAGUAUUUUCGAUCAAAUGAAAAAAAAAAUGAAUAGUUUUAUGAACAGUGUCGACGAACCCCAAACUGAAAACAAAGAAAACCAAAUUGAGACAACAUUAACACAAACGUAUAUAGAAAAUUCUCAAAUCCCCUUAACCAAAACGAUUGUUACGAAAACGUAUGAAAGUGAUGUGGAACCGAUCCGCCGAGCAAUUAAUGAURAAAAAUAUGUCAUACCCAAAAAUAAACUAUUAAAAAAUAGAAAUUAUAAAGUUAAUGAAAUAAUAACUGAGAUGAAAAAUGAAUUAAUUAGCGAAGAAAACUGGAAGAAUGACUCUGAUAUGGAAUCUUACGAUUAUGAUAAUGGUGAUGAAAAUAUGGAUGAUGUUGAUGAUGAUGAUGGUGCUGAUGAUGAUGAUGUUGAUGAUGCUGAUGAUGAUGACGAUUAUGAUGAUGACAAUAUCACGAUAGACGAUAAUGUUGAA